AUGAUGGAGGCCAAGAUGGAAGCCAAGAUAGAAGAGAUGAAUGCUCAGAUGGAAGAGAUGAAAACAUAUAUGCAACAGCUUCUCUCAAAGAAUGAAGGCAUACACAUUACCAGUCCGACUCCUACUGCUUGCGAGUUAGUGAUACCAUACGACGCAAUGAACCAAAAAUGUGUAAAAGGGAUGGUCUUUCCAUAUGGGAAUGGACAAAUACAUCCAGUUCCUUUAAAUGCAAAUCAUUUGAGGGUAUCCAUAGACAAGAUCUGUGACCAAUAUGAUUGUAUCCCUCUUCCUGUCUCGACUGAAGAAGCGUGUAAGCUGUGUGAGGCGCUUCAUGGUAUAGUUCAGUGGCCAAGGAAUGCAAUUAAGAUCAUUCAGCAACCUCGCAUAACCAAGAGUGUGCCAGUAAUCUCGAAGGGUGUUAUGAAGAAGACCAAGCCAUCAAAGGAAAGUUUGAUACCACAUAAUUAUAAUAAGCAAGUCGAACUAGAAAAAAUGCCCCUGGUCAUGAAAAGAAUGUAUAGACGUUUGAUGAAUCGUGAAGCUCCUGAUGAUGCGAUUUAUGUUGAAGCCGAACCCGGGAUCCUUGGAGCUCGGAAAAUUGAAACGUACAUUUACCCCGAGGAGAUUUUACGUCUGUUGAAUAAACAAUGGCUUGAUAUUAGUGUCAUAACUUGGUUUCAAAUCAUGUUACAUUCAAUGCUUGAAACACGUGGUGGGAAUAAGGUUAACAAAUGUGCUUUCAUUUCCCCCCGAGCGAGAUUCAAGCAACAAUAUGCGAGUCAAAUGGUGAGGGUGUUAUUGCAUUGGAUGCUGCUAGUAAUCUGCCCUAACCAAGGCACAUGGUAUGUAUUGGAUUCCCAAAAAAAUCCAGAUGAGAAGCCCGUGGAGAACUACAUAGUCGUGAAAUAUGUCGAAGAGGCUGUUGGAAGGCUUAAGGAAGAUAUCGACACAACACACCCAAUGAAUUGGACACUUGUCGAGGUAAAAGUACUUCAUGGGUACCCUGAACCUGCUUCUUGUUAA